CGGCGGCCGGGAGGCGGAAGUGGAGGGUUGUUGUGGCUCAGAGGGCUGCGCUAGGAGCUGCUUCUGCCGCUUCUGCUGCUGCUGAGGCGGCGGCGCUGCCGGCCUCGGGCCGCUCGCCCUUGCGACUCACCUCCCAGCCUCUCCUGAGCCCGCCGGGGCCCGCGCCGGCUAGCGCUUGCCCUAUGAGUGUGUCACUGGUUGUCAUCCGACUGGAGCUCGCGGAACACUCGCCCAUCCCCGCCGGCUUUGGCUUCAGCGCAGCCGCUGGGGAAAUGUCAGAUGAGGAGAUCAAAAAGAAGACACUAGCUUCAGCUGUUGCCUGUUUAGAAGGGAAGUCACCAGGAGAGAAAGCAGCAAUCAUCCAUCAGCACCUUGGCCGUCGAGAAAUGACAGAUGUGAUCAUUGAGACCAUGAAGUCCAACCCAGAUGAACUAAAAGUUACAGUGGAAGAAAGGAAGUCUUCAGAAGCAUCCCCUACUGCACAGAAAAGUAGAGAUCAAAGUAAAGAAUGCAUAAACGCUGCUCCUGAUUCUCCAUCCAAACAACUUCCAGACCAGAUUUCAUUCUUCAGUGGAAAUCCAUCAGUUGAAAUAGUUCAUGGUAUUAUGCAUCUAUACAAGACAAAUAAGAUGACCUCCUUAAAAGAAGAUGUGAGGCGCAGUGCCAUGCUGUGUAUUCUCACAGUUCCUGCUACAAUGACCAGUCAUGACCUUAUGAAGUUUGUCGCCCCAUUUAAUGAAGUAAUUGAACAAAUGAAAAUCAUCAGAGACUCUACACCAAAUCAAUAUAUGGUGCUGAUAAAGUUUAGUGCACAGGCUGAUGCGGAUAGUUUUUAUAUAGCAUGCAAUGGCCGCCAGUUCAACUCAAUAGAAGAUGAUGUUUGCCAGCUGGUCUAUGUGGAAAGGGCUGAGGUGCUGAAAUCUGAAGAUGGCGCCAGCCUCCCAGUGAUGGACCUGACCGAGCUCCCCAAGUGCACAGUAUGUUUGGAGCGCAUGGACGAGUCUGUGAAUGGCAUUCUCACCACAUUAUGCAACCACAGCUUCCACAGCCAGUGUCUACAGCGCUGGGACGACACAACGUGUCCUGUUUGCCGGUACUGUCAAACUCCAGAGCCAGUAGAAGAAAAUAAGUGCUUUGAGUGCGGUGUUCAGGAAAACCUUUGGAUUUGUUUAAUAUGUGGCCACAUAGGCUGUGGACGAUAUGUAAGUCGACAUGCUUAUAAACACUUUGAAGAAACGCAGCACACCUAUGCCAUGCAGCUCACUAACCACCGAGUCUGGGACUAUGCCGGAGAUAAUUAUGUCCAUCGACUGGUUGCAAGUAAAACAGAUGGAAAAAUAGUACAGUAUGAAUGUGAGGGUGAUACUUGCCAGGAAGAGAAAAUAGAUGCCUUACAAUUAGAGUAUUCUUAUUUACUAACGAGCCAGCUGGAAUCUCAGCGAAUCUACUGGGAAAACAAGAUAGUUCGUAUAGAGAAAGACACAGCAGAGGAAAUUAACAACAUGAAGACAAAAUUUAAAGAAACAAUUGAGAAGUGUGAUAAUCUGGAGCACAGACUAAAUGAUCUCCUAAAAGAAAAGCAGUCUGUGGAAAGAAAGUGUACUCAGCUAAACACGAAAGUAGCCAAACUCACCACCGAGUUGAAAGAGGAGCAGGAAAUGAACAAGUGUUUGCGAGCCAACCAAGUCCUCCUGCAGAACAAGCUGAAGGAGGAGGAGAGGCUGUUGAAGGAGACCUGUGACCAAAAAGAUCUGCAGAUCACCGAGAUCCAGGAACAGCUGCGCGACGUCAUGUUCUAUCUGGAGACACAGCAAAAGAUCAACCAUCUACCUGCCGAGACACGGCAAGAAAUCCAGGAGGGACAGAUCAACAUCGCCAUGGCCUCAGCCCCAAGUCCCCCUUCUUCAGGCAGUAGUGGGAAGCUGCCCUCAAGGAAGGGGCGCAGCAAGAGGGGCAAGUGACCUUCAGAGAACAGACUGUUGUCCCUGACACCACGAGGGUGUGCUGGGAUUUUCAGCUAAAUGUGAGGGUGGGCCCUAAUAAGUACAAGUGAGGAUCAAGC